AUGAUCGAUGCAUUCAUGAGCGCCAGUCGCGCAACUUCCAGCGAGCAUCUUGCUCUUCAACCACCGUCGCUGAACUCUCCUACAGACAUCUCAUCAGUAGACACAGAACUUCAAAGAUCAAUGCGGAACGUCAUGAAGCUGAGAAGAGGUCUUAAUCUGCCCGUAUCGGGAGAGCAGAGUAGCAAAGAACAGCUCGAGCAUAUGAUAAGAAGAAUGGACAACGAAAUUCAGUCUCUUUCGGAAGAAGUUGCGCGUUCAGAAAGAGAACAGUACCAGCAUCGAUCGCUCCUUGACGUCGCCGAUAAGGAAAAAGAACUAGAACUGGCUUCCCGCCAAUUUGCGAAUCCUACAGCAGAUCCUGCCGACGCAGCUGAAGCCAGUAGGAAAUGUGAGCGACUUCGGAACGAGCUCAAACAAGCGAAGCUCUUCAACAACUCCAAAGUAGCGCAAAACAUGUAUGAUGAGAAGCGGAUAGAAGGCUUGGUCGAGCAAAUUCGACAAAAAGAAGAGUGCAAAAGGAGGCUUUUGUCUGUUUUAGGGAGGAAAUCUCUAAUCAUGCCUCUUUCGCUUUUCGGUGGACCGAAGCUGGAAGACAUCCUGCUGACACUAAGAAUGCAGGAAAAAACACUUGAGCGCGAAGCCAAACGAGCAGAAAAGGAACACAACGCGCUGAAAGCAAAAGUGAAGAAAGCUAUCGCAGAAAAGCGUAUUGAAUUCGCCCAGAUUCACGCUGAAUCUGCCGUCCGCAAGCGCAACGAAGCUCUCAACUAUCUUCGUCUUGCAUCGAGGAUGAACGCAGUCGGCAGCAAGAUCAAGUCCGCGCAGAACAUGCAGAAAGUGACAAGAGAACUGGGUACAACAACCAAGAGCCUUGAAAAAGUCAUGAAAACCAUGAACCUCGAAAAGAUCACUGCGACGAUGGACAAAUUCGAGACGCAAUUCGAGAACCUUGAUGUCGUCACUUCAACGAUGGAGAGCUCUAUGGAAGGUGCUAUGGCUACAGGAGGGCAGACAGCGCAAGUUGACGAUCUUAUCGCCCAAGUCGCUGGUGAAAAUGGACUCGAACAAGAGCUUGAACUGCUCAAAGCUCCAGAAGCGAACAAAUCUGUCGCCGCUCCAGCAGCCCAAGAAGCAGAUGACAUCAAUGCACGCCUUCAAGCUCUUCGAAAUUAA